GCUGGCCUGGGGCCGAGCCCUCGCACGGAGGCCGCUGCCAGGCCGGGGAGGGGCCGAAACGGCCUUUGAUCCCAGGUCCAUGCGGCUGGUUGAGAAGGCGGCCGGCGGGCACGGGGCGGGGCGCGCUCCUCCGACGGCUGAGCGGGAGGACGCGGCACGGAGAGGACGGCUCGCGGAGGACGCGCGGGCGGCAGGCAUGGAGCGCCCCGUGCGAGUGAGGACCUGGGUGCGGGAGAACCGGGCCUCCUUCCAGCCCCCAGUCUGCAACAAGCUCCUGCACCAGGAGCAGCUCAAAAUCAUGUUCGUGGGGGGGCCCAACACCAGGAAGGACUAUCACAUCGAGGAGGGUGAGGAGGUGUUUUACCAGCUGGAGGGCGACAUGGUUCUUCGAGUCCUGGAACGCGGGCAGCACCGGGAUGUGGUCAUUCGGCAGGGAGAGAUAUUCCUCCUGCCUGCCCGCGUGCCGCACUCCCCACAGAGGUUUGCCAACACCGUGGGGCUGGUGAUUGAGCGGAGGCGGCUGGAGACUGAGCUAGAUGGGCUCAGGUACUACGUGGAGGACUCCUUGGACGUCCUGUAUGAGAAGUGGUUCUACUGCAAGGACCUUGGCACGCAGCUGGCGCCCAUCAUCCAGGAGUUCUUCCGCUCUGAGCAGUACAGAACAGGAAAGCCCAUCCCUGAGCAGCUGCUCAAGGAGCCGCCGUUCCCUCUGAGCACACGGCCCGUCAUGGAGCCCAUGUCCCUGGAGGCCUGGCUGGACAGCCACCGCAGCCAGCUGCAGGCAGGCACGCCCCUCAGCCUGUUUGGGGACACCUAUGAGACCCAGGUCACCGCCCAUGGACAUGGCAACAGCCAAGGCCCGAGACUGGAUGUGGAUGUGUGGCUGUGGCAGCUGGAGGGCUCCUCAGUGGUGAUGAUGGGAGACAAGCGCCUGAGCCUAAGCCCAGACGACAGCCUGCUGGUGCCAGCAGGGACUGCGUAUGUCUGGGAGCGAGCCCAGGGCUCUGUGGCCCUGUCUGUGACCCAGGACCCUGCCUGCAAGAAGGCCCUGGAGUGACCCACUCCGGCCACGGGGCAUCUGAGCGCCACCUGCCAAAUGACUUCUCCCCGUGCUGCUGCUGAGCCCUCCCCGGGCCCCACACGGGCCCUGUCCUUGUCCUCCUUCCUCCUGCAUUCUCAGCCCUGGGUGCAGCAGCUCCGCUUCUCCUCUCACAGCCCCCACCCCCACCCCUGCAGCCAGCUGCGCCCCAUCCCGCUGGCCGCACAGGCUCAGCACAGCACUCGAUAAUCCCUUCCUGUGCACAGGCGGCAGGCCGUGUGCGCCUGUGACCAUGUCCCUGCGUGAGCACAGCCGGUCCUCUCUGUGUCCCCAGUCCGUGUCUGGUCCAGGGAGCGCAGCCGAGGUUCUCUCUGGGCCUCCUUCUCCAUGCCCGUGUAUUCUUCCUUAUGUAACUUUUAACAAGUCACUCCUGUCUUCUCUCCCAGUAACAGGAGUCAUCUGUGCUAAUGGUAGAAAACAGAAAUGCAUAAAAACACAAAAUCAG